AUGAGCAUUGGCGAAGAAGCAAAUAGCAGAAUGUCGUCAGUGACAACGUUAAUCUCAUGCUCGCUCCACAGAGUGAAGAGAAGCGCCAUCCCUCUCUCUCCCACAAACAUAAACUCGUUUUUCACUUCCAAAACUCCAACCCACACGAUUCUCUCCAUGAGCCGUGACCCGAACCAUGUACCCGAAUACCCGGGAAAGGGCCCACCCGAGGUCCCGACGCUGCCCAAAACCGAACCUCCUCCCAUUCCAAAAGAGCAACUCGUGGUUCCGGAAAUAGAACCCAGAGUGCCACCCGAAAUAGUCACGGAUCCUACUUUUGACCCGUACCCCAAUCCCAAACCAGAUGCACCAAAACCGCCGCUAUCCCCACCCGGUCCUGAGACGCCGCUGCCGAAGCCGCCGGAGACGCUGCCGCAACGCCCACCGGAUGUGGUUCCGCCGCGUCCCCCGGGACCGGAUAUUGUGCCACCGACUACUCCGCCGGAUAGAACGCCACCCACUGGACCAACUAUUAUUGUGUAG